ACCCUCAUCAUUGCCAAGAUAAGAUUCUACCGCAAAACCAGUAAUCUCACCUCCUCAUAUACAUCGCCAAAUUCUCUUUCCAUUUCCAAAUCUCUCAUUCACUCUUACUAAAAAUCUAGAUCACAAAAAAUAGCAAACCAAAACCAUGUCUUCCACAACCACAAACACAUCUGAUUCUGAAGUCAACUACUCAGAAUCAGACAUCGCCCAAAAAUUCCUCUUCUUCAACGUCCUCAAAGAUGGUCGUAUCCAUAUCUUAUUACCUCCUACUAUCAAAGCUCCUCCUUCCUGCAACCCCAUAUCCAAUGUCUUAACCAAAGACGUUAACAUCUCCGCCUCCGUCUCUGCCCGUAUCUUCCUCCCUUCCUCCGCAUCCACAGCUGACAAACUCCCUGUUCUGCUGUACAUCCACGGGGGCGGCUUCUGCAUUAGCUCCGCCUUCGCCGAGAAUUACACACGCCUUGUCGCCCACGUCGCAGCUGAAGCCAACAUCAUUGGCGUAUCAGUUGAGUACGGCCUCUUCCCCACUCGGCCGCUCCCCGCAUGUUACGACGACUCAUGGGCCGCGCUCCAAUGGGUUGCAGCUCACAGUAAGGGAGAAGGACCUGAUUCUUGGAUCAAUGAUUAUGCUGAUCUUAGCAGAAUCUUUGUUGGUGGAAAUUCUGCAGGUGGGAAUAUAUCUCAUACUUUGUUAGCUAAGGUAGGGUCCAUUGGACUUGGUUCUGAGGGUGCAAAAGUUGAAGGGAUGAUCUUAGUUCAUCCUUAUUUUGGGGAGGAUGAUAAGAUGUGGAUGUAUAUGUGUCCUACAAAUGAAGGACCUAAGGAUCCUAGGAUGAAACCUGCUGUAGAGGAUUUGGCUAGGAUUGGGUGUGAUAGAGUGUUGGUUUUUUUGGCUGAGAUAGAUGGAUUGUGUGGUGUAGGAAAGAUGUAUACUGAAGAAUUGAUCAAAAGUGGGUGGAAAGGGAAGUUGGAGAUUAUGGAGAAUAAAGGAAAGGAUCAUUGUUUUCAUGUUUCUAAUUAUUUGGAUCUUGAAGCUGUUGCUAUUAGGAAACGGAUUGUUUCAUUUAUCCAUAAUCAGGGUUAAUUAGUAUGGAUAUCUUGAUGUAUGAUGAUGAUUAUCUAAUGAUUUCAAUUGGCUAAAUUCUGUUAUGUAAUAAGAUCAGCUUGAUUCCUGUACCUAUGUGGCCAGUGACUAUGUAGAACACAUUUUUUAUCUUAGUUAGAUUCUCAUUAUGUUCUACUA